AUUCAUUUUAUUUUGACAGUUGAAUGCAGAAAAAUCCAAAACAAAAAUUUUUCACAGAAAACAAAACAACACAAAAUUUUAAACUUUAACAAAACAUGGCUUCAAAUAAGGAAUCGAUGGUUAUAAUUAUUGAUGUUGGAAUUGGAGCAGAGAAACUAACUAAAGACGCCGGCGAAUGUUCAUUGCAAGUUAUCAAAAAUAAGAUCUUCAAUAACAAAAUUGAUAUGCUUUCAUUUCUAAUGCUUCGAACAUCAAAAACUGACAAUGUUGGCAAUAGCGAAGCGACCGAUCAGUAUCUAAACAUAUGUCAGGUUCUGCCUGGAUCUCAAAUCCCCACAUGGGAAAUGGCAAGAGUCCUAACGACCUGUUUGAAAGAUGACAAAAGUCAAACCGGCGAUUGGCUUGAUGCUUUGGUCGUAGCAAUAGGAAUUAUAACCGAAGAUGCCGCGCUGCAUAAAACUCGUCUGUCAAAAAUUGUAUUAUUCCAUAAUUUUGAUUCACCACUGUCGUCACUAGAUGAUGCUAUAGUCGAAAAACUAAAUGAAUUAAACUGCAAGCUGAUAAUUGUGAGUCACAACAUUCAGUAUAUCCCAGAUUCAGAGGGAAACUUACAGGCCCACUUCAAAACCAUCCGAAAUAAGAGUCCCACUCAAACUAAGAACGAAGAGUUAGCAAUGGAAUUGAAAAGUCGUUGUUCAUUGACACAAUUUUGUAAUUUUAAUGACGCACUUCCAAUCAUUUUAUGCAAGAAGCUACUACGUCCCUGGAGCUGGAACAGUACUCUCGGUAUAGGCUCAAAAAUUGUGAUAAAUGUAUCUGGAGUAAUUCCCGUGAAAGAAGAUACAACUGUGGCGAAAUUUCAAAAAAAAUCAAAAGUCCCAGGGGAGGUAAUUGUCCGGCAGAAGGUCUUCUAUUCGGGAGUUGAUGAAUUGAGUGAUGAUUUGAAUGAUCAACAAAUCACAGGUUAUAUGCUGGGUAACACUCCCAUGCCAUAUGAUCCCAGUUUAGGACAAGCUCCACACAUCGACACAAAGAAGGGAAUUUAUUUCAUUGGGUUUGUUGCUUUGGAAAACAUUCCACAAGAGCAUUUUACUGGCUCUUCCACUUAUGUGUUAUUUCCCCAAAAAGGCAAAAAAGUAUCGGCAAAGGUCUUAGACUCAUUGGUUAGAGUGAUGUUGGCCGGUGGCACGUGUAUUUUAGCCUGGAAGGUUUAUAAUAAUUCAAACAAACCAAAGCUAGUUGUGCUGAUUCCCACCUUGGAAUAUGAACUUGCAGGCCUAGCUAUGAUUGAGCUUUCGUAUCAUUCUCAGCAACGAUUCUGGGAUUUCCCUAAAUUACAGACGAAGAAGAAUCAACCCACACCAAAUCAACUUGAAGCCAUCGAUCAAUUAAUGGCUUCUAUGGAUCUCGCACCCAAUUCCAAACCAGAUACAAGUGAGGAACCUUGUGAUUCCCUUACCAAAGAUCGUCUGCCUUUUGAUUUCCUUCCCAACAUUCGUCAGCAGUAUAUGAUAGACCAUUUGUCUAGCGUCAUUUUAAAGCAACCGUCCAAAAAAUCUUCCCUUGAAUUUCUGAAAAUCCCCGAGUUCUUUCAGGAUGAUGCUUCGAAAGCUGUUGAAAACGUCAAAAAUCUAUUUGAUUUGAAAAAAAUUGAAGCCCAUACCAAAGAUAAACUCAAGAAACACUUUUUCAAUGGUUCCAAUGAUCAUGCUGAUGUAGAAGGUAACUUGUUGAACAAUCCAAUAUCGAGUACACUGCCAGGCGAUCUAGAGUCCGACGAAAAUAUAUGUACGCAUGUUAGUACUGUUACACCAGCCGAAGACUUCAAAGCUCUCAUCACAUACGUUUGCACUAAAUUACCAAAUGGAGCUGAACGAUCGGCAAAGUUCCACCACUACGCCUGUCAGAUGCGAUCGGUUAUAUCGGAUUUGCUCUUUAAAUCCAUGACAAAACAGUACGAGAAAAUUCGCAAAGCUUUGGUAGUUUAUCGCGAGAUUUGUUUAGCUGGUAAUAGUUCGUAUGACUACAAUGAUUGGAUGCGAGAUGUGCGUGCCAAGGUGAUUGAAAGAAAAAUGUUCGAUUUCUGGGAAGAUGUAGUCGUGAAGGGGAAACUCGGGCUUUGCUCGGAAGAAGAUCCUCAAGUUGAAAGCGAUUUUUAUGAUGUGUCGAAGGAAAUUGCAGCAGCAACUAAGGUGGAUACUGCAAUGGAUGACGAUGAGUCCGUUGAAGAUUUGUUUGUGAACAUGUAGAACUUAAAUAUUGUUGUAAGGAAAUAAAGAAGUUUUGUUUCUA